AUGGAAAAAUCAAGUUUUAUCUUUAGAGAUUACCUGGAUCGUCUCGAUGCUGGCCUAUACACAUUACAAAACCUUUCUCUUAUUCUGGCCGAUGUUUGUGCGCACACCAGCUCAGCUCGGCAUCGUGCGUCAAAGUUGUUCUCUAUGAAGAUGAAGCAAGAGAAGAUCACGAAAAUUCUGCUUCCGCUUCUGACGGAAUAUCAGGCAAACAUCGGUGAAGGUGGUGAUGAUGAACGCCGCCGGGUGGAUUUGUUGGUUGCGAAGUUAACGAAAGCUGAUCGAGAGAAAGAAUAA